CUCUCUGUAAAGUUUCAGUGUUUCAGCAUCCUAAUCUUAUCUGCAAAGUAUUCUGUCAAGUGUUUCGACAAUCUUCGCCGUCGAUUAAGAGUAUAUUGGUUUCAUUAAAGUAUCAGGCUUAAUUAAUUUUGUAGAGUUUGACGAACCGUUGUGUUUGUAUCGUCAGGGCAGAUGUCGAGCAUUUAGUUUUUCAUAUCAAGCGACUUUGCAUGGAAUGUGACGACAGAAUUCCACUUGAACCGGUUUAGAAUUUUUUGUUUUACAAUACUGUCGAUACCAUGUCGGCAACACUGCCUGUGCUAAACUACACGAUCGAUCUCAAUGAUCCCAUCCCCGGCGUUAAGCACGUUGUGGCCGCGUUCUGUCCGUCCCUUCCCACCGAUCACUUAGAUUUAAAAGUGAACGUUUUGAGCGGCGGUUACAUGAACCACAUGUACAAAAUCUUCGCCGCCACCGAUGAACACGGCGAAUCCGUCAUCGUGCGCAUCAACGCCGAUAUCGUGGGAAGUCUGUUCGAUCGCGAAGAGGAGUUCCGUCUGGUGUUCUAUAUGUACCAAAAAGGAAUGUACGGGAAGAUUUACGGGAAAUUCCAAAACGGUGUUGUCUAUGAAUUUAUCAAAGGCCGUACGUUGACGUUGGCGGACAUUCAAGAACCACAUAUAGCUCGCUUGUUAGCCCAAAAAUUUGCCGAAUUCCACGCGAUUAGCCGCGAUUUCCCGGGAGUCAAGACACCCACCCACCCCAGAGAUUUCUGCUUACCGAUACUGAAUCGUUUGCCGAUCAAAUAUAAAGAUCCCCAAGCGACUCUGUUAGCUUACAAAUUAUUCCCGGAUGUGGAGGAACUGCAAGAGGAAUUUCAGUAUCUGCUAAAUCAUCCCAGCAUGCAGAACAUCUAUGCCGAUCAGCCGGUGGUGUUCUGCCAUCAUGACCUUAUUCCCAACAACAUCAUCUUCGACGAAAAAACCGACACCGUUCACAUCAUCGAUUAUGAAUUCGCCGCGUCGGGAUACCAGAUCGAAGAUAUCGGGACGCACUUCUCCGAAUUUAUUGGCAUGGAUGUGAAUACAAUGGAUGCGUCCUUGUUGCCCAGUCAAGAAUUUCAGCUGAAAUGGAUCAGAAUUUACCUGGAGACGUGGAAUGAAUUUACCGCGGAUGGUCGCGCAAUCAGCGAUACCGAAGUGUGGAAUUUCUAUGUCAACGCUAGCCGGUACAGUUUGUUGAAAAAUUGGUUUAUCAUCUGCUUCGUUCUGGCGUCGGAGGAGCACAAUCCUGACUACAUUGCUCAAGCGAAGCGAUUAAAAUGGGACUCUUUCGAAUAUGCCAAGAAGAAACUGGAUAUUUAUUUGCAAUACCGGGAUAAAAUUUUGGCGCUGGAACUUUUACCAUCGUUAUAGCUUUGCAUUUCCUUGCUUUCAUUGCUGACCAGUUACUCUUUAUGCUCCGUGCAAAGCACAUACAUGUAAACAAGCCCUACAAAAUGCAAUGUACUCGUAGCUGCAAUCGAACUAAAGCGUUUUGUUGCAUGGCUUAUUACAGGUCGAUCGCACCAAGUGUGGGCAGUAACAAAAUAUUCCCAUUAGCUACCGUUGAACCACAUAAUCGUUUUCUAUUUUUUUAUGAUAGUUUGUGUUCUAGAGAAACGUUUUUAGUCAUAUUUCUGCGGCAGAAGUUAAUACGCACGGAACGGAAGCGGAAUUUUUACAUUCACAUUUGCCCCAAA